AUGGAAGCCAUAGCGACAGUACGGCAGAGCAACGCAAGCUACCACAGCAGGGGCGGGCAAUUGCGCACGGGCAGGGAGCAGCAGGCGGCGCUGCAAGCGGGCAGCGCGGCGGACGGGCGGCUCUGCAAGCGGGGAGCGAGUCGGGCGGGCGGGCAGCGCGACGGACAGCACGGGGCACAGCGGGCGGCGCGCGGGGCUGCAAGGCAGCUCGACGGGCUGCGCGGGGCAGAGCGGGCGGCGCGCGGGGCUGCAGAGCCGAGCGACGAGCAGCGCGGGGCAGGGCGGGCGGGUCGCGGGGCUGCGCAGCAGAUCGACGGGCGGCUCGGGGCACAGCGGGCGGUGCGCGGGGCUGCGAGGCAGCGCGACGGGCAGCGCGGGGCAGAGCGGGCGGCGCGACGGGCAAAGCAGGGGAGGCGCGCGGGGCUCUGGGCUGGCAGGACGCCGGUCGGCAGGGCGCACGAGGGCGCUACAAGGGCGCUACGAGGGCGCUAG